GGAUAAUUAAGUUUGUUGACUUCCCCUUUUGCAUGCCACAGAAUUCAUGAAUUUGCAAACUUCGGUCCCAGGAGACCAUACGAGCUUCAGAAGCCGAAGACUUGACAAUGGAUUGCCGAGAGAAAGGGACCUACCGAAAGUCCCGGCAAAAUCGCGCGUUCUGCCGGAUUUUGCGGACCCAGUUUAUGACAACAAUGUUCCGCGCCCUGUACACGGCGUCCGAGGAAACACAGGACCUGUUCAGUCUCAUAUUGGUGCUUUAAAAAAUCGUGAUGACUAUUUAAUUGGCAAAAUUGUAGGAGAUGGUUCUUUCUCAAAGGUCCAUAUUGCUACAGACAAAAAAACAUGGAAAGAAUACGCUAUAAAAAUACUUAGUAAGCGUCACAUCGUCAAGCAGAAAAAAGUGAAAUAUGUCACAAUAGAGCGGGACGCUAUGAUGCGUCUGAAUGGGUUUCCCGGUAUUAUACGCCUGUUUCAUACCUUCCAGGACGACCUACAUUUGUAUUAUGUCUUGGACUACGCCGAAAACGGUGAAUUGCUCACAUAUAUCAAGAAGUACUCUACGUUGAGUGAAGACUGCGUCCGUUUUUACGCAGCUGAAAUUUUAAUGAGUCUAGAUUUAUGCAUUCGCAUGGAAUCAUCCAUCGUGAUAUCGCAGAAAAUUACCGAUUUUGGCACAGCGAAGCUGCUGCCGACGAAAUACGCCCAAUGCGAUGAACAUCUUGUCUUCUCCAGUGCAUUUGUUGGCACCGCCGAAUACGUAUCUCCCGAGCUCAUCCAGCGCCAGCAUAUAUGCAAAGGAUCCGACCUUUGGGCUUUUGCCUGUGUCGUUUAUCAAAUGAUUACGGGUGCACCACCUUUCCGUGGAACGAAUACGAAUCAAAUCUUCGCCAAGAUCUGCAAUGCUUCAUACACAUUGCCCACUUUGUUACCCUUAGGACUCUCUGAGUUGUUUGCAGAACUCUUCCAGCCUCAGCCAUCGCUUCGAGCAACAACCGACCAAGUCAAAAGUAGCGUUUUCUUCAAUGAUGUUGUUUGGGAUGCGUCCGUUCUGUGGAAACAGCAUGCUCCCGUCAUGAGACCAUAUCAGCCAGCACUCAAGUUGAACAGCUCGGCAACGAACCUGGCACCUAACAACUUCAAAUCUACGGUAACGGCUGCAGCGGCCGCAAACGCCGCGGUUGCUCAUGCUAAUGUAUCCUUGAAACAGCACGAACGAGCUGUGAGCCAAGGCCUGCCGUCAACAAUUCCGCCUAGACACAUCUCUUCGAGUGGCCAUUACUCACAUUCUCACACAUCCUCUCAUGUGCAGCGUCAACCCAUCGACCGUUUAUGGUACAAGCUUCUACUUCCAAAUGAACAAGUACUCGAAAAUGGACUCAUUUAUGUUUCACUAUUGAACAAAUCGUCGGGCAGCAAAACCCCUUCGAAACUACCUAUGCUCUUCUUUUCUCGGAAAAAGCAACGUAUCCUCUUAAUAACUAGUCUUGGUCGUUGUCUUUUUAUUGGGAAGGACAAGCACGGGAAGAAUUGCAUAGAAACUGAAAUUGACUUGAGUUCUGAUGGAGUCACUUUUCAUGCAGACGAAGGCAGCCUUAAGCGCUUUAUGGUUGAAGACGAUUCAUGCACGAGAAUUGUGGAAGAUCCUACAGGACAUGCUGAGGAGUGGGUCCAAUGCAUGAAAAAUGCGGUCUCUUUAUCCAAGGAAUACCAGGCAAACGCUGCUUAAGGUACUUUGUCUUAGUGCCCUCCACUCCAGUGUAUUGCACUUUUCUACUUUUGGAGUUAUUAAUGAGUUACGAAGUUUUGUAUGAUUCAAUGGCCAGGAACCGUUGAUCCCCUUUUUUUCCGUUGUUGUUUUCAUUAAUCAUGCCCCUACUUGCUUUUGAAAAAACGAGGUUGUAUAUAGUAGCCACUUCAAUGGAAUCCGAAAUGACAAGAAAUGAGUGUAAUUGUAGUUUGUAUAUGAAUAUUACGGAGAAUAUCAUUAAACCAGCAGUACAACAUGUCGCCUAAAUUGUGGACAUGUCGAUUAUUGAAC